CACGGGGCUGCCCGCAACCAAAGGUAUAUUUCUCGAGUGAACCGUGCCGGGGAAUUUAACCGGAAAUUGUAAAAAAAAUUUAUAUAAGUCGUGAAUUAUCCGUGGAAGAAGGACGACCGGCGGGGGUCAGCCGUAUGCCUUCCUCCGAGUUUUCGCGAUACGAAAGGACCUUACUUGGCCCUCGUGUUCAGUGUGGAAACGUGAUCUCGGCAUCGAUCAUAUUUCGAACCGGAAAUCAUCGAAAAGUGCAUUGAUUACGGAUUUUGCCAUCAGUAACAGUGUCUCACCGGCAUUAAAUCACCCUACACGGUUCCCGUUCGUUGCCGAUUAGUGCGACGAUCGUACAAAUUAAACGCCUUCAACUAAGCAACAGUAACCUCAAGUGAUUUAUAUUUUCUUACAAAUCGCGAAAAAGUGAAAGAGGGAAGUAACUAGUGUGUUUAUAUUGUCGUAAAAUAUUCUCAAGAGCUUAGAGAUUCAGAUGAAGAGAAAGAUAAGAGCUAUAGAAUCUAUUUAGUGUACAAAGUAUAUCCAGAAAGAAAGAAAAAAAAGAAUAUUACAAGUCCGCCAGUGCCAAAUCCAAAACAAAUGAUACAAAAGUAAUCGAGUAACUUAAAGCAAAAGGAAAGACAUAAGACAUACAAAACCAAAGAAUUUACCAUUUUUCUACUAAUCAUCUCUAACAAUAUAAACUUAACCUCCAGCGUGCCAGAAGCUCUUUUGUAUUUUCUACAUUUUGUAACAAUCUGUCCAUCGUUUUCCUAACCUCACAGGAAGAUAAUACGAAGAAAGCGAAAACAAGACAAGAACUAAUCUACUUCACUUGUAGCCUAAACCUGACGAGUACAAAGAACCAGAAUCUAGAGGGUAUACAAAUUUUGCCUUGAAACUGAUCGCCAAAUACCAUCACAAAUUUUGCAUUUGGUGUCUUGGAGGACUUUUUUCACUAAAUGCCAAAUGAUCGCAGUUACCACCUCAGGUGACUUGCCAAGCAACUAAACUUCAAAAUUAACCGGAAGAUAAAUUAAAAAAAAAUAAAAAUUAAAUUUUGGGGGUCGACCAGGUCGACAGAAGCGGGUAGCGAUGAAGUGGUGGGGAAGAUGAGCGCUGAGGUGAAGCAGGAGGUCGUCGCCUCCGAGAGGGUAGGAAGCCCUCCGGCGGGCGCGACCUCGCCGGGUCCAGGGGACCCAAAUCGGCACCUUCCGCCCUUUAGUAGUUUUGCUUCUGACGGAAGCAUGGAAAGUACAACAACGUUGACAACUUUACACUCCCACGACGUAAGUUUAGGUCUUUCGUCCCACUGGGAUUAUUACGAGGGCCUGACAGGCCGAUUAAUUGACUCUCGCGGAGAAGUUGUGGUACCAGUGGGUCAGUACAGACCAUGGGAGUCAAAAGGUGCUGGUGGGGAGGGUUUACCAAGUUUCGCGAGUCAGUUUACUGCCCCCAGUGAAUCGGAACCUUUAACUGCCUUGACGCCUCUAUCUCCGGCCUCCAUUUCCCACUCACCCCCCAUUACAUCAGCAAUUGGACUGCCAAGUUUUCACACCUUGGGGUCCCUUCCAGCACCUCAUCCCCACAGAGGGGGAAUUGGAUAUCCUCUGGUUCCAGCCCCAGUCCAAGCUAGGGAAGUACCUGGUGUUCAACAACAGAUAUUGGAUGAGCGAAACAUCCAGUUGCUAGGUCCCAAUCCCGUCCAGGCAUUUUCUCCGUCGGGCCAUCCACACCAUACGGUUUUGACUGUGGUGAAACCCGAGUACCCACAACUACAUCAUACCAAUUUCCAAAAUCCGAUGUCCACGGUUUUGGACAAUUCUCCGACUUCGAGGGCGAUUGGCAUUGACGGGAGGAAAAAGGAGAGGAGAAAAAUGAGGGCUGAUUCGUUGGAGAGUGAAGAUGGAGGCGGUGGGAAUGCGGAGAGUUCGGGACAGGUUGCGGCUGUUUCGAGUACGGCGAAUAGAGGUCCUCAUCAUAUGGGAGGUGGAAUGGGUGAUAAUGAUGGGGAUGGAGGUUUGGGUGAUAAACCGGCGAAAAAGAAGAGGAAGAGGUGUGGAGAGUGCAUCGGGUGUCAAAGGAAAGACAAUUGUGGGGACUGCGCCCCUUGCAGGAAUGACAAGAGUCACCAGAUCUGCAAGAUGAGGAGGUGCGAGAAGCUGACGGAGAAGAAGCACUUGUACAACAUGCAAACUGGCGAGGGAGCAUUCAGGGAAAGGGGCAGAGGUCGAGGAAAGGGUACAACUAGGAGUUAUAGAAAAAUCGCUCGACAAGUGAGUACACCAGACAGUGCACCAGCAGGUUUGGGAAGUCCUCAAGCAGGAAUCCUGCCUCAUCAGCAGCAACAACAACAACAACAAAAUCAGCAAGCCCUACACUCAGACCCCAUGCAGGCCAAAGACAAUCUCAACCCAGCGAAUCAGCAACCGGGUCUGCGGAACGGAAACAAUGUUCCACCAGUUGUCUCCAUGUCACCGGGAGUUAUGCCUUUUUACGGUGACGGAGGUACCGGUUUCCGACCAGCAGCUGGAUUUGGUAAUACAGUCUGGCACCAGGGUAUGGGACCAGUAGGAACGGUUACAGUAGAAGCUGCCCCUACGACUUGGGCACCACAGCAGUUUAUCCAGCAGAUUCCAGCACCAAAUCAGUUGGAGGAGCUGAGAUACCACACGCAGUAUAGUACUACAACACCUUACCAUCCCCAACCAGUUGCAUACCAACAACAAACGUUUAUAACGACCGACCAGUCAGCGUUUCAGCGGGCUGGUGCAGGUCAAUACACAAUCACAGGCCAGCCAUCACCCCUGGCACCAGUUGCGUCCCAAAAUGUUGGAGCGACGCCACAAAGAACUCUCAACGGCCAAUUCAUGGAUCCAGCCGUCACGCCUGGUCAAGUCAGUUACGACAGACAGGAUUACGUCAAUGGAUAUCAGCAGCAGGACGUGACGAUGGCACCGCCUCCUGCUACGACGCCCAACAGUCGCAGCAGCUCCGUCCACAUGGAGUCACAGCCGCAACAACAACAGCAGACUCAACAGCAACAGCAACAACAACAGCAACAACCACCACCCCCAUCCGACACGCAGGUCAAAGGCUUUGCCACGAUCGCCACCAGCAACGUGUCGGGAAACGAGAUGCCUGGGUAUCCACUUCAACCGGACCCACAGAGUUUACACAGCUCUAACGGAUAUCCAGGCUACGUGGAGAUGGGUCAAAUACCACCCCAAAACCAGUGGCAAUCACCGGAGCAGCAGGACGCGAAUCAACGUCACAUCUGGUCUGACAACAGCUCGGAAGGAAAGAUGACAAACGUGAACGUUUCCUGGUCGGAGAGCAAUCUACAAACUCAGCAGGGAAACUUGAAACAGAAUGAGCGGAUGAUGCAGAGUCAACAGGAGCUCUCGAGGCCAGAGAGUAAUAUGAGUUGGGACAAUAAUUCGGAGAAUCAGCAGACAAUCAAUCAGCAAAGUCACAAUCAGCAGAAUCAGACACAAGCCAACUGGCAGCAGCAAUCGAGCCAGAAUCCAAGAUUAACGCCAUCAUCGCAGUGGCCUCAACACUCACCAAAAUUACCCGAGUCCCAACAGAAUAGAAUGACACCCUCCUGGUCGCAGAAUAGUCCUCAAGAUCAGCAGAAUAAUACUCAAAAUCCGAGAUUAACUCCUUCGAGUCAACAGAUCCAACAGCAUCAACAGCAGCAGCAGCAACAGCAGCAGCAGAUUCAGCAACAGCAAUGGUCGCAAAUAGAUCGGACUAAAAUAGAGAACCCGAGAUUAACUCCCUCGAAUCAAAUGUCCUGGCCUGACACGCCUACUAGUCAACCGAACUGGUCGCCAAACAGUUUAAAAAGCGACGGCAGUCAGCAGCAGCAGUGGGCCGAGUCGCAAAGCCCUAGACGGACUCCUGGAUGGCAAAACCAGUCAAGUCAGGAGACGAAAAUAGAGCAAGGCUGGUCGCCAAGGUCCAAUGAAAAUCAACCUAAUUGGGGUCAGCAGGCCUCGAAACAAGAAAUGCAGAACUCGGGGGAGAGACUCAUCUGGCAUCAGGAGGGAAAGCCGAACGGUUUUCCUGACGGACAAGAUGUUCAGUCCGAAGGUUACAAUCAGUCGAAUCGGGUCAACUUGAAUAGCAGGCUCAAGUCCAUGAUUUUGAACAAGCAGCAACAGCAGAUGCAGCAUCAGAUGCAAAAUCAGCAGCAGAUGCAGAAUCAACAAACUCAGCUUCAGAAUCAACAAAACCAGAUGCAGGCUCAGCAGCAGAAUGCACAGAAUCAGCAGCAGAAUCAACUGCAGAGUCAGAGUCAACAGCAGAGUCAACAGCAUCAGCAGAUGCAUCAUCAGGUUCAUAGUCAACGCUCAAACGGCAAUAGCAGCUCUAGCGAAUUUCCGAACGACGAUCGAGGACGGGACUCGCACGAGAAUGAAAAGCAGCAGGAAAAGCGAGAAUUCAGCCAAUCGGGAAUGAUGUCCAUUUCUCAAAACAACGAAUCCAUGACCGGUAAUUUUUUAUUGCAUAGCCACCACCCUCGGGCCGAUAGUUUGCCCGGCGGUGGUGGCUUAUGGGAGUGGACAGGUGGCGGAAGCAUGACAUCAGAGACUGGUAUAAAUGCGAUAGAAAAUUUCAUGACGACCCAAGACAAAGAAACCUGGGAUUCGAAAGAAGAGAAAGUGGACAAGGAGAAGGUAUUGACGAAAGAUGUGGAAACGAAGUCACAAGAAUCAGCACCACAAGAUUCAAUCUCCUCGGGAGAGAAGUGCGAUUCGGGUCAAGUUAUCAAACAAGAGAAUGAAUACCCUGGAGAGGAAAAUCAAGCCCCCUCUCCGGAUCUUUCCAAGUCGAUUAAAGUGGAACCGGAGCAGAGAGAGCAAGAUACAAAUUAUAAAUUCCAAGGCGACGGCGGACCAGCGAAAGUGUCAUCAGAAGUUGGUUCCUGGUGUUGUCGUCGUGGAGGAACGGAACAACCAAGUCCCGAGCAUUUGCGCGAAGGUUGCUGUCAAGGUCUUCGAACCCGGGACGAGAUCCUUGAUGAGCCGGAAAAGGAGUCAGAAGUCAAGAGCGAGGAUCCCAAUAGUCCGAAGAGUAGCGCCUCCUCAAACACAAAAUUACAAGAACAUCUGGACAAGCUGAAGAAUAACGUAAGGACCGAAGUGCCAGGCUGCAGCUGCUUUCCUCCAGAUAAAUGUCCACCGGAACCUGGAUCCUAUUACACUCAUCUCGGAGCAGCUGCCAGCUUGCCAGAUUUGAGAAAUGAUUUGGAGAGGAGAACCGGACUCAAGGGUAACGCCAUCAGGUUCGAAAAGGUUGUCUAUACAGGGAAGGAAGGCAAAACAACGCAGGGAUGUCCUCUGGCUAAAUGGAUACUUCGUCGGUCGGGUGUUGAUGAGAAAAUAAUGACAAUAGUGAAGCAUCGCCAGGGCCAUAAAUGCGCGACAGCAUGGAUAGUCGUCGCAGUUGUUGCUUGGGAAGGUGUCCCUUCUCAUGAAGCUGAUAGGAUUUAUUCCCUCCUGACCCACAAACUAAACCGCUUCGGUCUUCCAACAACGAGAAGAUGUGGGACCAACGAACCUAGAACUUGUGCCUGUCAAGGCCUCGAUCCCGAUUCCUGUGGUGCCAGUUUCUCAUUCGGAUGUUCUUGGUCCAUGUAUUACAAUGGGUGCAAAUACGCCAGAAGCAAAACUGUUCGGAAGUUUCGCCUUUCUGUUAGAUCAGAGGAAGGUCGUUUUCCGCAGGAGCAAGAAGUGGAGGAAAGGAUGCACGUUUUGGCAACUCUGUUAUCGCCUUUAUAUCUGAGCCUCGCCCCGGAAGCAUUCAACAAUCAAACUCAGUUUGAGAGGGAGGCCAGCGAGUGCAGACUGGGCUUCAAGCCCGGCAGACCGUUCUCUGGGGUGACGGCUUGCAUCGACUUCUGUGCACACUCUCACCGAGAUCUCCACAAUAUGAACAACGGCUGCACUGUCGUAGUCAGUUUGACAAAACACCGAUCGCUAGCCAAGCCCGAAGAUGAACAGUUGCACGUGUUGCCUUUGUAUGUGAUGGAUGAGACAGACGAACUGGGUUCGAAGGAAGGUCAGGAGGAGAAGAUCCGAAUGGGCGCUAUUGAUGUUUUGACCAAGUAUCCGUGCGAAGUCCGAGUUCGAUCCGUGCCACUCCAACCUUGCAGGCGCCAUGGGAAGAAAAGAAAGGAAGAUGAGCCCGAAGCCCUGAGCAAUAAGAAAGAAGCUCUAAAACCUCCGGAGAAAAUUCUCGAACCAAGAGCCGCAUACCAAGAUCCUUCCAGAACUCCAGGCCGAGAUUCGCAACCAUCCCUCGAGAUGAACUCAGUCUUUGAAGGAAUGGAUGCUCAACUCCAGAGUUCUCAGGUUUCUUCAACUGUUCUUGACAGUCCAGUUUCCAUGUACCAAGGCUGGGCCUAUCAAAACGAGCAGCAGUGGAACAGAAAUGGUUGGCUUGAUCAGAGGAAAAACACAUGGCUUAAUUCCUGGGGUGAAUAUCCUUUCGGCAGCUUGGACCGAGACCUGAAAGUCGUUCCAGAUAGUACAAGUUUGGACGAGAACAGACCCAGAAGUGCCGUUUCUCAAUACACAGAAACUCAAGAGAAACCAGGAUCUAGAAUACUCAAUUCCACUCCAGAAUCGCCGCGGGGAACUUACCCCUAUUCUCCGAGAACCCAUUCCGCUUCUCCGAGAGGAUCUCUUCCAAAUACGCCUGGAUCUUACUCUAGUAGCUCGGGCUACCAUUCUUCGUCAGGACCUCUUUCAAACACUCCUUCACUUCCAAAUACUCCUGGAGAGAUUUACAGCACAUCGCCAAGGUAUCCAACCCAAGAAGAGAAGAUUGGCUCCCCAGGUGUUUCUGGAUAUCCCAUGACUCCUUGUGAAAGUUACUCGAAUAGACAGCCGAGUCUCUCUCCGAGAGCGUAUCCAAAUAACUUAGACCCGAAUCAGAGAACUCUUCAUAGACCAGAGACCACCGAGGCUUUUAGGAAUCUAUAUCCUGGAAACGCUCAUCAACCAAUGGAAAGCCAGGAACCAAAAUUAUCACCGAGAGCACAAGAUUUUAGAAUGCAACAUCAGUAUUUCCAAUCCGGAGUGCGAGGUUAUCCCACUCAACAUAAUUCUGACAUUCCCACUCUACCAGGAAUCUCAGCCGAAAGCAGUGCUCAAAAAUCCAAUUUCUUGCAUCAUCCUUUCUCCGAUCAGAAUAGACACUACGAACCUCAAGGUUCUAACACCUGGAACAAUCCUCUAUCAUUUCACCAACAUCAGAAUUCAAAUCUCGUCCCUAAAAUGCCGGACCAGAGAAUACCGGAGGAGAGAUAUCAGAGGAAUUCCUGGGAAGGGCCUCCUUCUGAGCCGUCGCCCUUUCGAGUGCCGAAAGGAAGACCGCCUUCGAGAACAGCACCUAAUCCGAACAUUCCGAUUGUAGAACCCAGCCUCUUUCAAAAUUCGUUCGUCAAGACUUUCCUGAAACCGCAGGAGCCUUCGAAGAAUCAUCAGCCGAGAGCCUGGCCGGAAGAGAAGCGAGAAGGAUUUCAUGAAGCGAGGCAGGACAUGGCAAAUAGCAAUCCUGGCUGGUUGAACUGGGCGGAGGCGGAGAUGAAACAAGUCCAGGACUUCCAUGCGAUCUCUGGAUUGGGACACACCUUUCCUCAAUACAGUUAUCCCUAUCCUGUUUUCGAAAAACCUUAUCCAAACACCUGGGAAGGCUACAACUAUCAUCGCCAACCUUAUCAGGAGUAUCAGCCUCAAUUGUACCAGCAACCAAAGAGGGAGUCUUUCCCUCCUUAUCAGGGCGUGCCACCUUACCAGGGAUUGAAUCCAUCCUGGAGGUGGGAUAUUUACGGUCCACCGUCCUACUUUCCAGUUCUUCCGGAUCCACCGCCAAAGGCGGAACCUCUCGGCGAAGUGGCAGACUUCUCUGACAAUGAGGAGAGUUUCAAAGAUUCGCAGAUGGGAGGAGUUGCUAUUGCUCUAGGACAUGGGAGUGUUUUGUUCGAGUGUGCAAAGCACGAGAUGCAUUGUACGACUGCACUGAAGAAACCGAAUCGGACGAGCCCGACGAGAAUCAGUCUCGUUUUCUAUCAGCACAGGAAUUUGAACAGGCCGCGGCAUGGUUGGGACGAGUGGGAAGAAAAGAUGAGACUGAGGAAGCUCGGAAUUACGAGCACUUCAACUGGUAGCUCUAGCACUACCACCACUACGACAACAACUGCAACAACAGAGCCUGCUCCAGGAGUUGUUUCGUCAGGUGGCGAUCAGACCUUGAUGCCCCAGAUCCCAAACGUGCCGAGUUCUCAGUUCAUGAUGAGAUCUCCCACAUACACUACCAUGACCUGGACCACCUUGUUCCCGAUGCAUCCUUGUAUGAUAACCGGAUCGCGUCCAGAAGGAGAAGCCAGCGGUCAAGAAAUCAAGAGUUGAGGAAUCAACGAUGAGUUCUAGUCAACGAUGAGUACGGAAAUCAAAUUAUAAUCGAUUCGAGAUGCAUUCGUAGCAGUGGAUUCUCAAAUUAGCAAUCAAUCAGCAUUUUAAUCGCAGCAACUAGAAAAACAAAUCCGCACUGCCAUUCCAACUUUUCAGGGGCUUCCCUUUUUAUACUGUUUCAAGACAAUUUUGCAGAUAUAUUGCAGAAAAUCGAGAGAUAGAGAGAGAGAGAGAGAGAGAAUGAAAGUCGUAUCGAGGCUAAAUCUCGUAUGGUGUCGAAAUCUGUGACUGGUUGCGUCCCUCUUAAAUAAUUUGCGAUGGAUUUUAAACGUAUUGAGAUUAACUCUAUUGACUUUAGUAAUAUCAUUACGCUAUUUCGUGUUUUAGCACCUUCAUUUUUAUUAGCUAGUCCUCAGAUUUAGCCGCGUCUCUCGAAAGGGCGCGCAACGUAAUCUAAUUAAACUUUUGCUCAGUUCGCGGCCCUCAAAACUGGAACGGAAUGCUCUUUAUGAAUAUUUUUUAGUAUUUAUCUAUUUUUAAGCUGCAAAUGCUCAUUUUCAGUGGUUUACAAGGAAGAUGGGACCAAGUCUUUCAAAGUGAAAAUUAAGUUUUAACCAAACGGUAUUAUUUUUAAAAGGAAUUGAGACUUCUGCUGAUAUUGAAUCUGAGCUUUUGAUUCGUUCUGGUUUUCGCGCCGCAUCCGAAGAUCGGAUUAUUAAAAAAAAAAAAGAAAAGACUGCGUUUUGACUUUCGACGAGUGGAAAUAGAGCGACCAGUUUUUUUAAAAAACUUAGCCACUGCACAAUCCAUCACACUUUCGAGAUUAACAAAAAAAAAACAAAAAACACGAAAAUGAUCUCAAGGUUUUUUAACUAACACUAAAUCCCUUAUUUUAAUCCUUUGUACAUUGCGCUUAUUGUAUCUCGUAUUUAUUUGUAUGCACUUUCGCACCCGUUAUAUGUAUCUAGAAUAUAAAGUACGACGUGACUCAGUACAAAGACAAAGAGUUUUUUUUCACAAUGUGAGAAUGGGAGAAUGUGUGAAUGUUGAAUUUGAUGUUCGGUUCGUGAAUCAUGUGUGCGUAGGAUCGAGCAUCAAAGUCGCGGAUCAAAACAAGAAGAAAAGUCCAAAAUUACAGAGUGUCACUUUGCUUUGGACAAAAAAAGGCUAAUCUAUGUGUAUUAUUAUUAUUUGACCCAUUUUGUACAUACUAGGAUGACUAUUAGGUUUUUUUUACGAAAAUCUCCCAAUUUUAUACAUAUAUAAAUAUAUAUACGAAUACAUAAAUAUAUGAAAAAAAAGGAUCUUACGUCACUCUGUUUAAGUCUGAAGCGAGUGAAUGCGAGUUUUUAUUUAUUUAUUAUUGUCGCCCUUGUUUCCCCCCUCGAAUUAGACAAAUUUGCGAUUGCGAGAUAUUUUAUAUUCGUGUCUCUGCAUGAGGACGAGGAGAAAGAAAUUCAAUCAAUUUCUCUCAUCGUACCCUAAAGUAUUAUAAGAAUCAUUAAUAUAUUAUCAUCAAUUAUUAUCGCAUACAAUAAUUAGUAAUAUAAUCUAAUUUAAUUGAUUAUUUAUUAAUUAAGUUUGAAAAUGUUGUACCACUAUCUACUUUAAGCAGUUGGAGUUCAACAUCGAAAUGCCGAUUGUCGGUUUCGCAUCACCAGGGAGCGGAUUAGAACUUUAUAAAACUUUAGAAAACUUGCGCGCGCACGUUCCCACGCGCCUCCCCUCUCUGUCGGGCUGACGAGUGGGAAACGUGCGCGCGCACGUUUCUUCGCUCCCCUAUGCAUCACUCUCUUUAAAAAAUAGCCAAAAUUUGAAGAAAAAAUUGCGGAUUUUUUUGAGGGGAUUAAAUUACUCAGCGAAAGGCGACACUCGAACUGUGAAAAUGCGCAUUCCGUAGCGUUUCUUCCGACUACACCUAUUCUAUUCCAAAUUUCUGUAAACUAAGUUCAUUAUCAAGUUUUAUUUCACCUUAUCGAUCGUAUAUGUAUAUUGUAAGGACGGACAGAGAGAUAUUCCAGUAAUACUCGUUUUACUCUCUUUAAAAAAAAUAAAGUCUCUUUAGAGAAAAGUCAUGUUGGUAAAUGUAUUUAUAUUAUGCUCAGAAAGCAACUACAGUACAAGAAUCACCUUUUGAUGCACCAGUCUCUUAGAAUUAAAUAAUUCGGAAGUAUUCGUUAUGUUUUAUCCCUUUUUCUUUAUUUCACCUAUUUUCGUUUCUUUCUUGAUGAAUUGAAAAGAGAUCUACGUAAUUAUGCUACAAAGACAAAUGAAAGAAUUCUUACAACUUUUUAUAAAAUAAUAAAUAUAUAUUAAAAAAAUGGAGAAAUUAAUAAUGAGACGAUGCCAAAAUAGUGUUAAAGGUAUAUAUAUACAUAAUUAGAAAGUAAACGAAAUUACGUGUAAUAAUAAAUAUAACGAAACUAUCAAAAGUAAAGUAUGUAAGAAGAAUCAGUUGUAAAACUAAUAAUAAAAAAGUUGAUAAGAGAGACAAAGAAAGACAAAAGAGGAAAAUAAAUUACGAUUUAAUAAAAUGAAAGCGAACGCGGUAAUGAAAAGUUGAAAAAUGUAUUUUUUCUUCCAAUGCCAAAAAGAUGCCAUUUUGUUUUAUACGAAAAACCCGAUGAAAAAUCCAGAAAAAAAUUAUACUAUGGGAGAAAAUUAUGUAGUGUGUAGUAGUCUGGUGGAAAAUUUCGUGUGACAUGAAAUUGUUUACCAAGAAAACGUUUGUGUGUGUAACAAGAAACUUAAUGUGUAUGUCUUGUCCGCCUUAUGAAGCAACAUUACAAUAGGAGAAAAAACAAUAUUUGUAGAUUA